AUGGAGAGAGCCAAUGAUUCCAUGUUGACAGAAUUUAUCUUGGUGGGGCUUUCUGACCACCCAAAGCUCCAGAAAGUUUUAUUUGUGCUAGUUUUGUGCGUGUAUCUGAUAAUCCUGCUUGGAAAUGGAGUCCUUAUCUCAGUAGUUAUCUAUGAUGUGCACCUGCAUACCCCCAUGUAUUUCUUCCUCUGUAACCUUUCCUUCCUGGAUAUCUGCUAUACAAGCUCUUCUGUCCCACUAAUUCUUGGUAGUUUUCUGACAGGAAGGAAGAGAAUUUCUUUUCCUGAGUGCAUGGUACAAAUGUUCCUUUCCUUUGCCAUGGGUGCCACCGAAUGUGUGCUUCUAGGCACAAUGGCACUUGACCGCUUUCUCGCCAUCUGUUACCCACUGAGAUACCCUGUCAUCAUGAGCAAGGGUAUUUAUGUGCCCAUGGCGGUUGGAUGCUGGGUUGCUGGGCUUGUUGACUCAUUGGUGCAGACAUCUCUUGCAUUGCAAUUACCAUUCUGUACUAAUAAUGUCAUUCACCACUUUGUCUGUGAAAUGCUAGCCAUUCUGAAACUGGCUUGUGCAGAUAUUUCCAUCAAUGUGAUUAGCAUGGCAGGGUCAAAUUUGUUUUUUCUAGCUGUUCCAUUGUUAGUCAUUGCUAUCUCUUACGUUUUCAUCGUUGCCACUAUUCUGAGGAUCCCUUCCACUGAAGGAAAACAGAAGGCCUUCUCCACAUGCUCUGCCCAUCUGACAGUGGUGAUUCUAUUCUAUGGAACCAUCUUCUUCAUGUACGCAAAACCCAAGUCUAAAGUCACUGCUGGGACAGGGCAUCAAAGCGUGAUUGAGGCCCUCAUCUCCCUCUUCUAUGGGGUGAUGACCCCCAUGCUCAAUCCUCUCAUCUACAGUCUGAGGAACAAGGAUGUGAAGGCUGCUGUGAGGAACAUGCUGGGAGGAGAACUUCUGAUAAAACAGAAAUGA